AUGCCGCAGCAAGAGGACACAUUCGCGAAGAAAGAACUGGCCAUGCUCUCUGAGACGGGUCCCACGGAGGCCUCGGCACCAGCUGCAAUAGAGCAUGGUCUGGAGGGCUCCAGGGAGGAAACGCCGCUGUACGACCUCAUCUUUGAGAAGGAGGACCCCACAUUCACCGGAGCCAGCAAGAUCCACCGUGACACCCAGAACCCCACGAUGCUGUCCAAGUCGCGCAAUUGGGGGGGGCUCUUGACGACAUCGAUGCUGGCCCAUGGGCCACCUGACGACUUCACCAAACCGCAGUUCGCCAGAAAGCCCAUUGUGCGAGACACGUUCUACAGGAAGACAAACAUCUUCUUUCCGGACAAUUGCGCAGCUUCGGCAGCUGAUGAUUGA